CAUCCUACCUUCUCUGUAGAAGAGCCGUGUUACGGAUAGAUUUUCCAUCGUUCUACCAUCGUCGUUAAUGUCGCAAGGGCGUUUUCGACGAUAAAGACGAAGACGAGGUGGACGAGAAGGAUGUGUUUCUAAUCGCGAAACGACAAAUUGUGCGAGUUAUCAGUCCCACCAUCAACAUUAACGUCUAUAGUUUUGUCCUUCUUUGAGAGAAUACAACCGACGAACAAUCGAUCAGUUACGUUCAUUUCUUUUUAAUAUUGUCUAUUCUUCCAUCGAACGACGGAACAACGACGAGGUUGAAUUUUGGCUUGGCGAACAACACAUUCACCAAAAACUGACGUUAAAAUAAGGAAUAUUACAUUUAAAAAUGCCACCUUUUAAAAGGGAAGCGCCGUCGGAACCGGCACCUGUAGCAGCUACUUCGGAAAAUGUCGAAACGCAAGAGGAGACGUCGAACCUUCCUCAAUUGACGUUGAAGGCUAUGACCAGUACCGAGGAGGCAGCAAGAAGCGAGACCGAGUCGGAAGUCACUACAGAAAGUACAAUGAAAAAUCUGAAGGAUCAACUCGGAACGCUAUCGAAAGAUCUGGCCGAAGAAAUGGGAAUACCAACGUGGGGUUUAGUCGCAAUUUUAAUAGCUGUCGGCGUAGUCGUCCUUGGAAUUUGUUUCUGCUGUAUAAGAAGAUGCUGUCGCAAAAGACGUUCCAAGGAUGGUAAGAAGGGCCUAAAAGGAGCGGUAGAUUUAAAGUCAGUUCAGCUACUUGGAAGUACGUAUAAGGAUAAGGUACAGCCUGAUAUGGAAGAACUCACGGAUAACGCGGAAGAACCUGAUGAAGCUGAAAGCAAACAGAGCGAAGUCAAGCUCGGAAAGCUUCAAUACAAGCUCGAGUAUGAUUUCAAUUCAAAUAGUUUGGCAGUGACGGUAAUACAGGCCGAAGAAUUGCCAGCUUUAGACAUGGGUGGCACUUCUGAUCCUUACGUUAAGGUAUACUUGUUGCCCGAUAAGAAAAAAAAAUUCGAGACAAAGGUUCACAGAAAGACUCUGAGUCCUGUCUUCGAGGAGACGUUUGUUUUUAAGAAUGUACCCUAUGCGGAGGCCAUGAAUAAAACUCUAGUAUUCGCAAUUUUUGACUUUGAUAGAUUUUCAAAGCAUGAUCAAAUCGGUGAGGUGAAAGUACCAUUGUGUCAGGUUGAUCUCGCACAGACCAUCGAGGAAUGGCGAGAAUUGCAGAGUGUUGAAGGAGAGGGUGGUCAGGAUAACAAACUAGGCGAUAUUUGUUUCUCUCUGAGAUAUGUGCCAACGGCUGGUAAACUCACGGUGGUCAUUCUCGAAGCUAAGAAUUUAAAGAAGAUGGACGUCGGUGGUCUCUCGGACCCUUAUGUCAAGAUUGCAUUAAUGCAAAAUGGUAAAAGGCUUAAAAAAAAAAAGACUUCUAUCAAGAAGUGCACUCUGAAUCCCUAUUACAACGAAUCGUUCACCUUUGAAGUCCCAUUCGAACAGAUCCAAAAAGUGCAAUUGGUCGUGACAGUGGUAGAUUAUGAUCGCAUUGGUACUUCGGAACCAAUUGGCAAGGUUGUAUUGGGAUACAACGCAAGUGGAACUGAAUUGAGACAUUGGUCGGACAUGUUGGCAUCUCCAAGGCGUCCAAUAGCUCAAUGGCACACACUCAAGGAACCCGAAAACGGAGACAGGAAGGAUUAAAUUAGUUGAAAGAAUAUUUAAUCGAGGAAUAUAUUGCACGAGAAAGAAACAGUAGGAUGAAACAAUAAUAUGUGACAGUGAGAGAAA